AUGCCGAGAUCUAUGGCGCCUAAGCAUGCCAUCGCCCUCGACGGGCUCCAUUUUGGCCCCGGCCGGGUCUUCAGCAGCCGUGCAGUCGCCGAGCGGAUGUACGGGCUGCUGCUCGGCAACGAGUACUUCGACACGCCCACUGGCCCGGGCAAGGACAUAGAACAAGUGCGGGAACGGGUGGCGGGCAUUUUGUCCGCAAUUUUUGGAAUUUGCGUCACUCGGGUUCCGAUUUUUUUCUCGCUGAACGACCCAGCCCUAGCUUGGCAGGUCGUGGCCGGUGAUGUGGCCGAGCAGCGUGGCUGCACCAUCCCCGCUGCCGAAGUCUGCGAGUUGGUGACCGUUUUUUCGGACGCCCGCCGCACGUUCUUCGAGUGUCCCGGUGACGGGACGGUGGCGGCGGCUAGAGUGGCCAGCUCGCUCACCACCAUCAUAGACCAGUGGCUCGAGGCCACCACGGCGGCCGUUCCCGCGUCGGAGCACCAACCCACCACCCUCGCCAGCAGGCCUGCGGUCGCGGAGAGCCCGGCGCUGGAGAGGCUCUUCGCCAACUUCACUUUCGCGGACGCGACACCUUCCGGCCGCGAGGCCGCCCACGCCCACGCCCACGCCCACGCCCACGACAACGACGCCUGGCCCCCGUCGUACUUGGCCCCGGCCGACAUAGCCCACCUGAACCACCCGCAUCUGCGGGAGCUGCUUGAGGGCGUCUGCUGGAACGACAAGGGCACCGUGCCCACGCUCCCCACCGAGCGGGCGAACCCGCUCUGCCUGCGCCUCUUUCUCGGCUGGCUCGCAGCCGCCUACACCCCGCCCCCUUCCGCCACGACCCCGGGCAGCAGCAGCAGCAGCAACAGCAGCAGCAGCAACAACAACAACAACGACACCACCAUCCCCACCAUCCCCACCAUCACCACCACCACCACAGCCACGGUCACCGAGUCACGUGCGCUGUACACGGCGCCCAUUGCCUUCUUUGUCAACAAAGACAGGCAGGCGUGGUACGAGGACUCCGGUCGGCAGUCCAAAAAAUUUGGACACCUCGACGGUUUCCUGGCCUACGCGGCCGAAGCGUUUUCCAAGCGGGGCAAGAGCAGCGUCCUGGCCGCCCGCAACAUCUUCAACAACCACGCCAACAUGCGGCGCUUUGGCACCGCCGUGAUGCUGCGCGUCGUGUCCCGCGCCGGCGUGCCCGGCCUGCAGGUCGCCUUCUUCUGUCCGUGGGACCGCCACGACUGGACCCAGAAGUCGUGGCGGCUGUACGAGUGGCGCCUUCGUUUGUGGAAGGAGAGCCUGGUCCGGAAGAUUGAGGCCUGGGCCCAGGAGUGCGACGUGCCCCUCCACGAGGGGUACAUGGGCGAGUCGUGGAUAGUCCGCAAGGACCGCGACCACGACUCCGUGGAGAUGUGUGCGGGUUGGUUGUGGCGGGCCAUGAGGGCCCUCGAGCAGACGGUCCCGGGCGGGGACGAGGACAACACCUGGGAGUGGGAGGAGAGCUGCCGCUUCAAGCGGAUGGAGGACUGGGGGGUUGGUGCGGUGUCCGAGGACGGUGAGGGGGAUGAGGAUCCGAUGGACGUGGAUAUGGACGAGUAG